GGGCGGGGCCUAGGACGACCUGCUCAGUGGGCCGCGAGUUCUGGUCGGAAACAAAACAGCGGCAGCUGAGGCUGAAACCUAGGCUGCCAGCCGGCCGCCCGGGCGCGGAGGAGAGAAGGAGCCAACACGAGACAGCAGCCCUUCAAGGUCCUUAGGCAGCUUGGCCUGGAGGAGAACACAUGAGAAAAAGAACCCCAAGAGGCUUUGUUUCCUUUGAAAAGGUAUUUCUGCACAGUUGCUCCAAUGACAGAGAUACCCGCUCCCUUGUCCUAUUUCCAGAAUGCGCAGAUGUCUGAGGACAGCCACUCCAGUAGCGCCGUCCGUGGCCAGAGUGACACUCAAGAACGACAGCAGCACCAUGACAGGCGGAGACUUGACAAUGCUGAGGCGGUAUCUAAUGGUCGACCCCAGAGUAACUUGCGGCAGGUGGUGGAACAAGAUGAGGAAGAAGAUGAAGAGCUGACAUUGAAAUAUGGAGCCAAGCAUGUCAUCAUGCUCUUUGUUCCUGUGACCCUCUGCAUGGUGGUAGUCGUGGCUACCAUCAAGUCAGUGAGCUUCUAUACCCGAAAGGAUGGGCAGCUAAUCUAUACCCCAUUCACAGAAGACACUGAGACUGUGGGCCAAAGAGCCCUGCACUCAAUUCUGAACGCUGCCAUCAUGAUCAGUGUCAUCGUUGUCAUGACCAUUCUCCUAGUGGUUCUUUAUAAAUACAGGUGCUACAAGGUCAUUCAUGCCUGGCUUAUUGUUUCAUCUCUAUUGUUGCUGUUCUUUUUUUCAUUCAUUUACUUGGGGGAAGUAUUUAAGACCUACAAUGUUGCUGUGGACUACAUUACAGUUGCACUCCUGAUCUGGAAUUUCGGUGUGGUGGGGAUGAUUGCCAUUCACUGGAAAGGCCCCCUUCGACUGCAGCAGGCGUAUCUCAUUAUGAUCAGUGCUCUCAUGGCCCUGGUAUUUAUCAAGUACCUCCCUGAGUGGACCGCAUGGCUCAUCUUGGCUGUGAUUUCAGUAUAUGAUUUGGUGGCUGUUUUAUGCCCCAAAGGUCCACUUCGUAUGCUGGUUGAAACAGCUCAGGAAAGAAAUGAGACUCUCUUUCCAGCUCUUAUCUAUUCCUCAACAAUGGUGUGGUUGGUGAAUAUGGCUGAAGGAGACCCAGAAGCCCAAAGAAGGGUACCCAACAACCCCAAAUAUAACACACAAAGAGCGGAAAGGGAGACACAGGACACUGAUACUGGGACUGAUGAUGGUGGCUUCAGUGAGGAAUGGGAAGCUCAAAGGGACAGUCACCUGGGGCCUCAUCGCUCCACUCCUGAGUCAAGAGCUGCUGUCCAGGAACUUUCUGGCAGCAUCUUGACUAGUGAAGACCCAGAGGAAAGGGGAGUAAAGCUUGGAUUAGGAGAUUUCAUUUUCUACAGUGUUCUUGUUGGUAAGGCUUCAGCAACCGCCAGUGGGGAUUGGAACACAACCAUAGCCUGCUUUGUAGCCAUAUUAAUCGGCCUGUGCCUUACGCUACUACUACUCGCCAUUUUUAAGAAAGCAUUGCCAGCUCUUCCCAUCUCCAUCACCUUUGGGCUUGUUUUCUACUUUGCCACGGAUUAUCUUGUGCAGCCCUUUAUGGACCAACUUGCAUUCCAUCAGUUUUAUAUCUAGCAUUUCUGCAGUUAGAACCCGUGGAUGUUUCUUCUUUGAUUAUAAAAGGACCCUGAGGAGGAUGCAGACGAUUUUCCUGUGUCCUCAGCAACGUCAAGACUCCCGCUGGACCCUGGCAGCUUCCUUCCGAGCUUCCCUGGCCAUCUGCACUGUUGGACUUCGAAAGGAAAUGUCUGCCGAAAAUGCUUUCCAACAUUCACCAUUGCUGUGGAUGGUGUCCCUCAGUGCAGAAACUACCAGAUUUGGGGGACAAGGACAAGGAAACGUGCUGGGCCAAGAAGUUGCUGUGCGCUGCCAGCAGUUUGACCCUUGGGCACGGAGACUUUACCAAUGCUGGGAACUCUCAAGAGGUUAAAUGAAGUGAUGUGAACUAAACAGAACUGCCAUCUUUCACACCAUGUUGGAGAUAAUACAUGUACUAGCUGAAUCCUGGACUGUCCAGGAGUUUCCAUGAAGAAGUAGCAUUGGGCCCGGGCCUCGCCCUCAGGCUCUUUGCUGCCCACCUCUAAGUUUCAGUUAAGGACACCACCCUACUCAAACCCCCUCUCCUGUCACAUCAGUGGCUUUGGCCAUUUUUGUUCUCAAGCACUGACACUUAUCAUCUGUGGUUGCCAUUUCUUCCCAAGGACAGUCCGGACAAAUUUGGGGUUGCUUUAUCCUGAGAGUUGUAACCUCAGGUUUCAAAGUCUAUAAUUUCUGGAAAUGAUGGAACUAUUGCUCAAAAGUCCCCUGUCAUCCUUAAGUAAAUUCUGGAUUUCCACGAAGUCCUCAUUUUUAGACACACUUGAAAACUUGCUUUGCCCAGGAUGCGUCCUCUCCCGUCUCUCCCUUGUCCCACAGCAGUUCUCUUUGAUAGCAGACAAGGCAGCUCUGGGAGGUAGCUAGUGACCCUGAUAACCCAGGGUCUUCCUCAUAUGAUGCAAAUAAUAUGUGUCAAAUCAGUGCUGUCAGCCUUGCUGUCAUAGCUCCUUGGAUGGCAGAUGGGAUGUGUGCCCAAAGAAUUAAAGCGGUAAGUGGCUGGUGA